AUGCGCGCCGCCGAAUGGCGUUCAAUCAAAGGCGGCAUCGACAAGAACCUCAAUCUCAUCACCGACGCCAAACUCCCAAAAAAUGCCGCGUCUCUUCCAAAAGGCAAGACUCUCGUCAAAGUCGCCUACGCAUCAGUCAAUCAUCUCGAUUACAAAAUUGCUGAAAUGCCUCUCGCCAACUUCAUCUUCUCCAAGCCCGUCACGCCAGGUCUUGACUUUUCUGGCACAAUUGUCUCCACGACACUGAAUGACUUUAAGGCCGGUCAGAAGGUAUUUGGAAGGACGGAAUUGCCGACCGGUGGCGCGAUGGCGGAGUAUGUUGUUGUUGGGAGUAAGGGCAUGGCUGCUUUGUCGGAUGGUGUUGAGCUUAGAGAUGCGGCUUGUGUUGGGAUUUGCGGGACGACUGCUUUUCAAUGUCUUUCGCCCUUUGUUAAGGCUGGGGAUAGAGUGUUUAUUAACGGUGGUAGUGGAGGCGUCGGUGUCUUUGCCAUCCAAGUUGCCAAAGCUUUGGAAUGCUCUCAUGUCACAGUCACCUGCUCCGCAUCCAAUACCGAGUUUUGUCGAAGCCUUGGUGCUGAUGAGACUAUUGAUUACAAAGCCGAAGACCCGAUUGAAGUACUCAAGAAGAAGGAAGAGAAGUAUGACUUCAUUCUCGACACGGUCUUCAACGAUCCAGAUCUCUACUGGCAGUCCCAUCAAUAUCUCAAGCCCGAGGGGCAGUAUGUCUGCGUUGGUCUGCCACCGCGCUUUCAGACCUUCAAGUCCCUUCUUACUAUCAAUCUGUUGCCAAGGUGGUUGGGUGGUGGAAAGAGAAAGUUUAAGUAUCAUUCUGUGACGGCGAACAAGAGGGACUUUGUGCAAGUUGCGGGUUGGAUGAAGGAUGGAAAUGUCAAGGCUGUUAUUGAGGAGGAGUUGGGGUUGGAGGAUGCGGGGACGGCUUAUACGAGGUUGAAAGAAGGCAGGACUAAGGGGAAAUUGGUGGUUUGUGUUGGAGGUGAAGGUGGAGUUGAUUAG